AUGGAUGAGCCAGAGAGGGAAAAUAAGCGUGGUCGCUUGCAGGAAGGCAGCAAAGAAGAAGAGAAGGAUCAGGAAGAUAUGGAUUUUGAUCAACAAGUCAUAGCCAAAGUGAAAGCCAAAACCAGCGCCAUUGAUGGACAAGUGAAGAACGAGAAGGUGAGAAAGAAAAAAUCCAGAUACCCACCAGAAUUGAGUUUUGAAUUUUCUGUUGCAAGUGGGCAUCAAAGUAAGGGUGGGUUUUCAGCUUGUAUGAAGGAGGACACUGGCAAUAAGAAGAGGAAAAAUAAGGAGAAGGAAAAGGGGAAAGGACGAAAUGGCAAGCAUUCUGUGAAGUUUCAGUAUUCACAGGUAAUCCAUUCUCCAUACUUUCAGAAAGAAGUUCAACAAGAAUCGAGAUAUGAUAUUUAUAAGCAACCCAUUGUAGGUAUUAAUUUAUGUACAAAAUCGAAUGAGACGGAUAUGGAUGUAGGCAGUGGGGACGCUGUUUCAGAGGAGAUGAAUAAGGGUGGUGGCAAGAAGAAGAAUAAGAGAAAAAGGAAGGAGAAUCAUAGUCAGACAACCUCAAGUUCGGAGGUUAUUUCUCUGGAUUAUCUGAAACAUGCGAGUGGAGAAGAGAAGAAUGAAGAUGUUGAGAAAUUAAGGACACAAUACAGUUUGUCUAUUGAAACGAAAGUUAAAUUGAAAAUUAAGGCUGAUGGGGCCAAAUGGGGUGUAUCCAAUGGGGCUCGGCUUGCAGAAGAAAUGAAUGAGGCCAGUGGCAAAAAUAAGAAAAAGAACAGAAUAAAUGACAGUUAUAGUAAGAUGACCACAAAGAUGGUGAGUGAAGAAGAGAGGAGCAAUAAGGAUCGGAAAAUGAGGAUGGAAGAUGAUUCCUUGACUGAAACAGAAAUUAUUAAUGUAUAUCCCCACAUGAAGUGGAACAAAGCAAUGGGGGAUUCGCUUUUGUUGGACAGCUAUCAGGGGGAAAGCAAGAGGAAGAGGAGGAAAAAGUAUACAAAUCCUAUUAUGAUUCUUCCGUGUUCUCAGACGAGAGUCAAAAAAGAGUCAAUUGAGGAUGAGAAGGAGAUGAUACAGGUCAGUACUUCAACUGGGGGAAAAACUGGUACCUCAGUUCUUGCCAAUAAUGUUGAUGGCAUUGUGCGGAAUAAGUUUAAAAUUGAUGACCUGUUCUCACAAUUUGCAUACAAGGGUAGUACCUGUGUAAAAGGGAGAAGGACUGAAGAGGGCUGUGAGAAUGUCUCAAAAUUGCAAGCUUGCAGUCCUUAUUUCCAGAAGACUACAAAUGAAGGAAAAGAGGGGAAUGAGGAUAAGGAGAAGAACAAGGCGACAGAACCUGAAUUUGUAGUUGAGAAGGCAAUCGAUCCACUCAUUAUUGGUACUGAAUGCUGUGGCAAUGGAGCCAAUGUGGCUGAGGAUGAUGCUGACUUGUUGCAUUGUAAUUGUGAAUUGAAAGCACAAACGGGGUUUGAAAAUGACACUGGAUCUGAAAAGAGUUUUCACCACAGGAAGAGAAAGAGUGAAAAUGGUCCCAAAAAAGCACAUGCUGAAGUUCAAUUUGUUUCCCCUGAAGAGAGGAGCAAUAAGGAUAGGAAAAUGAGGAUGGAAGAUGAUUCCUUGACUGAAACAGAAAUUAUUAAUGUGUAUCCCUACAUGAAGUGGAACAAAGCAAUGGGGGAUUCGCUUUUGUUGGACAGCUAUCAGGGGGAAAGCAAGAGGAAGAGGAGGAAAAAGUAUACAAAUCCUAUUAUGAUUCUUCCGUGUUCUCAGACGAGAGUCAAAAAAGAGUCAAUUGAGGAUGAGAAGGAGAUGAUACAGGUCAGUACUUCAACUGGGGGAAAAACUGGUACCUCAGUUCUUGCCAAUAAUGUUGAUGGCAUUGUGCGGAAUAAGUUUAAAAUUGAUGACCUGUUCUCACAAUUUGCAUACAAGGGUAGUACCUGUGUAAAAGGGAGAAGGACUGAAGAGGGCUGUGAGAAUGUCUCAAAAUUGCAAGCUUGCAGUCCUUAUUUCCAGAAGACUACAAAUGAAGGAAAAGAGGGGAAUGAGGAUAAGGAGAAGAACAAGGCGACAGAACCUGAAUUUGUAGUUGAGAAGGCAAUCGAUCCACUCAUUAUUGGUACUGAAUGCUGUGGCAAUGGAGCCAAUGUGGCUGAGGAUGAUGCUGACUUGUUGCAUUGUAAUUGUGAAUUGAAAGCACAAACGGGGUUUGAAAAUGACACUGGAUCUGAAAAGAGUUUUCACCACAGGAAGAGAAAGAGUGAAAAUGGUCCCAAAAAAGCACAUGCUGAAGUUCAAUUUGUUUCCCCUGAAGAGAGGAGCAAUAAGGAUAGGAAAAUGAGGAUGGAAGAUGAUUCCUUGACUGAAACAGAAAUUAUUAAUGUGUAUCCCUACAUGAAGUGGAACAAAGCAAUGGGGGAUUCGCUUUUGUUGGACAGCUAUCAGGGGGAAAGCAAGAGGAAGAGGAGGAAAAAGUAUACAAAUUCUAUUAUGAUUCUUCCAUGUUCUCAGACAAGAGUCAAAGAAGAGUCAAUUGAGGAUGAGAAGGAGAUGAUACUGGUCAGUACUUCAGCUGAGGGAAAAACUGGUACCUCAGUUCUUGCCAAUGAUGUUGAUGGCAUUGUGCGGAAUAAGUUUAAAAUUGAUGAGCUGUUCUCACAACUCGCAUACAAGGGUAGUACCUGUGUAAAAGGGAGAAGGACUGAAGAGGACUGUGAGAAUGUCUCGAAAUUGCAAGCUUGCAGUCCUUACUUCCAGAAGAAUACAAAUGAAGGAAAAGAGGGGAAUGAGGAUAAGGAGAAGAACAAGGCGACAGAACCUGAAUUUGUAGUUGAGAAGGCAAUCUAUCCACUCAUUAUUGGUACUGAAUGCUGUGGCAAUGGAGCCAAUGUGGCUGAGGAUGAUGCUGACUUGUUGCAUUGCAAUUGUGAAUUGAAAGCAGAAACUGGGUUUGAAAAUGACAAUGGAUCUGAAAAGAGUUUUCACCACAGGAAGAGAAAGAGUGAAAAUUGUCCCAAAAAGGCACAUGCUGAAGUUCAAUUUAUUUCCCCUUAUUUCAUGAAGUCAAUGGGGGAACAAGUAGUAAUAAGUGAAGGGAAGCAUCUGAAGAUGAAAUUGCCAAAACCAUGUGCAAUGAAAAGUGCCACCACAGUGAAGGUUUCUCCUUAUUUCCACAAUGUUUUGAGAGAAGAAGAGAGUACAAAUUCUGACUCAUUGAGAGGCCCGACUGAGUGCAAAGUGUCUCACAGAAAGCCUAAAACUGCCGCGGCAGUUAAUUCUGUUUUUUCUACGGUCCAGAAGCAGGACGAAGCUUACCAAAGAAAAACUGCAGAUAACACAUGGAAGCCUCCACGCUCACCUUAUAAUCUCCUCCAAGAGGAUCAUUUCCAUGAUCCUUGGAGGGUCAUUGUAAUAUGUAUGCUUCUUAAUCGCACAACUGGCCUGCAGGUUCGUUCUUCUCUGUUCUAUUGUUUUCUGCACUACUGCUAA